CAGUCUGCCUCUCGCCGUGCUGAGGAGGGGCUGACUGCCGCUCUUUCGGCGCCGCCUGUCCCUUGAAGUCGAGAAGACAAACACAAGGGAGGGAGAGGUCUUCUGGUGUUGAAAGUAUUUUCACUGAAGUGACAAACUUUACGAUAACAAAAUGAUUUAUUAGAACUCAAAUCUUGCCAUCUUUGAAGCCAUGUUCAGAGCGGCAAGUGACACACCUAGCACAGCGGUGGGACGAUUGGAGUUGCGGCGGAAACCUUCGCUUGUUCUCCAUUUGCCAGCGCCAUUGUCAGGGGUGGAAACUAUGACAGCCUUCCUUGAUCAUUGAAUACAUCUAUAUUAUCUCUCUCCUCAACCCCGUCCGGCGUUCCUCGUUCCUUUGUGGCUGGCACGAGGUAAAGUGUACUGUUUCAGAGGCAAUACUCAACGAUCUUCGUGGGUGCCUCCGUAAGUGACUGUCACCGCUACAUUAACCGCCGGACUUUUGGCUCAUCGCGAGGGACAGACUGAACAUGUCAACAGCGAGUCCAACAUUCCAAGAGUUCUUGCAGCCCGGCGUCGCCUCGCCUCACUCGGUUACACCCACCAGUGGCUCCAGCUCCCCGGAAGUGUUCUUUGACGCUGCUGACCAGAUGCCAGUGAAUCGAGUGCCACCCAUGCUUGCCCAAGAUGGUACGAGUGAACAGUUUCAUGACGCACCUGAGACACCAGCCACUAGCGUCAACGUUUGUAACGAGGGCCAGUGGCAGGGUGUUGGCAAAUACGACCAUAACGGGACCGAUGUCACGCCAAGCUAUGGAGACUACAGAAAUACCAAUAUCACGUGGAUUGAGGACACGGGACAAGGCCAUGAUUUUUUUCACUUUCAAGACACAAGCAAUAAUGGGGAACACCAUCCGCCACCACAAAAAUUCACAGAGGUAGGAAAAUUUAUUAGAGCAAAUGGGGGAGCAGUAAGUAAUGCAGGAUUUUGUGCAACAGGUCUGUCAGAAUCUCUAGACAACCAAAAACCCCAGGCACGCCGCUUCCUUAUGGAUUUCAUCCCUCAGAAACAAACGGAAAGCAGCCUGAAGGAAGAAACCCGGAAGAUUGUCCAAAUGCUUUCUAACGAUAAAGUAUGCAAGAUCGAUAGGCCCAGCUUAGGUCUGCAGGACAGACUCCAGAGUUUGGUGCAGCGCUCAGCAGGAAAGAAAACCACGUACGCCAAGGGUCCCAGAGUGCGCAGCACCCACGUCAAGCUUAUCGUCAAACGCACGCAGGAUUUUCUUUAUGUACGAAAAAGUUCAUUUCAAGAAAAUGAACAAGACAAGGCUUCUCUGCCAGCUUUCAAUAAACCAAUCCAGAGUUACAUCAAACCUCCAAAGCAGAGAAAAAUGUCUGAGGACAGCGAUGCUAUUCCCACAAGAGGCAACCAAGUAAAUAGUGCUAGUGGAUUCGAGUUCGUUAUCAAGCGUCGAAAGAAAGACACUGACAGUGUUCCCAGUGAGAAGAAAGACAACAGAAUCCCGACAGUCGUUUCUACUUCAACAACCUUAUCUGCUGAAAGUGUCAAGGUUACUUCGAACACCAGCCCCCACCUCACCAGCACUACCACUAUUCCUCACAGUAAAACCAUCACUCCUACUGUCACUACUCAACAUGCUUCACAGAAUCAUUUUGACGUGGGCAUGGAGGAGGAAACAGUUAGUACAUACCAAGGAAGAGAAAACGUACAUGUGAACAGCACAAUCAAUGUGACCCAAGACACGCGUGCCAGCCCUAGACAAAGUUUAAUUAAUGUUGAAUUUAAAAUCAGUGUUCCUUACCAAUUACAAGACGCGCCAGACUGUACUGAUCAUAAAUCAACUUUCCUAGACACCAUAGAAAAUAAUGAAGAUGACUAUGAAUAUGAUGAUAAUGAUGGAAAUCAUCAUAAUGCACCAUCAGGGGACGAGAUGGAGAUUACUUCCGAAAAAUGCCACAGCAAUGUCUUGUCUACUGCCGAGCCAAAUGAAAUAAAAAUACGGAUCAGGGAAGCAACAGUCAUCACUCAAGAUACUCAGACUAAGCAAGGUGUGACUUCUUUUAAUUUCAUGAAUGGAUACACUGAUCAGAAGGUUCUCUCUCCCGAAAGUGACAACAAAUCUCCAGACCUCGGCAGCGUGCCUUCUCCUUCACGACACAGGGAAGACUCCACUGCUAUUGACCUCCGAAAGCACAUUGCAUCGCUCAACAAAGUGUCCCUAGAGUUUGGAAAAAACAAAAAACAUAAAGGUGAUAAAAAUGCUGCAGAGUCCCAGGACCCAUUAGUGUCACCAGAACAGCAUUCGACACCACCCACCAUACAUUCUGCGACCGCAAGCAACACUAAAUGUCAAGCAUCCAGAGAGGUGGGAAAACAAAACGAAGAUAAUGUAAAAAAUCCUUCUGUGUCACAUGGUGUCGGGGCACGGUUUUGUUUAGCCACAGCUCUUGAGAAUACAUCACUGCCUAUAUAUAAAGGUGGUGAAGCUAUGCUUAGACCUCUGUCGUACUCCAACGCGUCACCACAACGAAAGAUCUCAGCCCGUGACCUGCUGUACACAGAUAAAGAGACGCAACAAAGUUCAUUGCUUCACGUUGACACACUCAUGCGGCUCAAAACAGACAACCUGAUGGCUCGACAUGGAGGUAAAACGGUACACCUGCACUCCUACCCACCCAGCCCACAUCAGGCUAGCCCUAUCCCUGACCAAACACCUAUCCAAGAGGACACUAUUGAGGUUCCUCCACUCGUGGAAAGUCUCCCACCAAUCCCUCCAAAAACCAAGCCAGCGUCUGUCAGUCGCCAAACAAGUACAGAAGACGCAGGAGCUAAAAGUCCCCCGAUAAGCCAAGCAGAGAGGAAGUGCAGCUCUCGGAAGGCCAGUGGUCACUGGACAAGGAGCAGGAAUGUGAGCCUCGAUCAUCCAAGUAGCAGAAGGGGCAGCAAGAGGCCAAGUUUUAGUCAGGACAUGCUACGGAAGUGCCUGAUGGUUGCUGUUGAUCAGUGUUACAACAAUGAAUGGGAGGAGUCUCAUGACAAUGAAGUGAUGAAAGAAAGUAAUUUGUCCCAAGAGGAGCUGAACAAAUCUUUGGUCAAGGCAGUUUCACAUCAUGAUGCUGAGAAAGUGAGAGUGGUGCUGAAGCUUGGUGCAGAUCCUAAUGUGAAGUGUGGCAGCAGCCCAGCACUCCUUCGGGCCACCAGGGAUGGCGCCUUGUACGUGUUGCAAGCCCUACUAGCAGCAGGGGCUGAUGUGGAUGGGCGCACAGACCUAGGCAACAGUCCACUUCACCUGGCGGCUCGUGGCGGUUAUGGGGAAGCCAUUGUUCAGCUGGUACACAGUGGUGCCUUCGUUGAUGCUAUCAAUCGUUCGGGAGUCACGCCAUUGCAAAUGGCACUAGCUCAUGGCCAUGUGGAGGUUGCCCAGACUUUGUUACGUUUCAAUGCAGACAUGUUUCUACAAAACAAAGUCGGAGAAACUGCCUAUGAUGUAGCAAAUCAACUGGGGUACAUAGGUCUUGUAUCUGGAGCUCCACGAGAAAUUCGGCGUGAUUCUGGUGUAGGAACGAAGGUGGAGACUCCUUCCAAUGAUAUCCCUGUGGCAGUAAGAAUGAUACAAGGGAUAGAGAUUGGAUGUGCAGGCACAGUGGAUGACUGCCUGAGACAAGGUGCAUCACCCAACACACUGCUGCCUCUGGCCCUGCACUGGCCUGCCCGUGCCUCAGUCCUGCACAGAGCUGCUCACCAUGGCCACGACCUCAUUGUGCGACUGCUUCUGGCUGCUGGUGCAGAUAUCAAUUUAAGAGAUGUGGUUGGCAACACAUCACUGCACGUUGCUGCCCAAGCAGGGCACAACCGGGUGGUGAAAAUUUUGCUGGAAUGUGGAGCACCAUUAGAGGCUGUUUCUCAGUCAGGCAUGACACCUCUACACCGAGCAGCCUCCAAGGGUAAGGAGCUCACGUGUAACCUCCUAAUUCGACGAGGCAGUAAUCAACAAGCUGAGGAUGACUCUGGCCGGACUCCUGCUGACUGGGCAAGAAAAAGAGGUUUCAAACACUUGAGUCAAAAGCUGAAGUACCGCCGGAAGAGCAGCACCACACUACUUGCUGAGGAUGAUGAGAAGCAGUGUCUGGAGCAUCUUCAUCGUUUACAUGAGGCCGCCCUCAAGGUUCCUAGCCAGUACCCUGAGCCUAUGGAUUGUGAGAAGUGAUAUUCCACUACAAGACCACAAUAAUCCUAACAUAAUGCUAGGGAAACUUUUCAGACAUAUGAAGUACUAUCACAUUCAUACAGAGCCCUUGCUAACACCUUACAAAUUCAUCAGUUUACCGAGAUCCAAGAACCAUUAAUAAACUGUUUUGUCUGUGAAACACACUUCAAAAUUUAGGGAUAAUUGAUAUGUGAAAUCACCAUUUCAGUGACAGCCUCUUAAAAACCUACAUACUCAUAUAAAACGACCAAACAAAUAAACUCAUAACUACAGUUAAAACUUACUGCAUCUAGUUGUUUAAAGCCAUGUAUAAAAUAUGUGACUGUUGUUUUAGAAUGGAAUUUAAUCUGCUUUCUGUUGCAUAAAAAAGUGACAAUAUAAAGUAUACUAAAAGAAAUGUUCAUUCCAGUGUGUCUACUUCACUUUCUCCAUAGAUCUUUAAUGUGAUAUUCUGCCACUGUCAACUGUAUUAGUUUAAUCAUCCCUACCCACUUUCUUGUUUAAUUUGUGUAGUAUAGUGCAUUACAUCAGUCAUUAUCUAAAUUGUUUAAUGCUCAAGUCUUGACAUUUUCUAUCAAAGUUCUUCAACUUCAACACUGUGUACAUAAGAAUGUAUCUCCUUUG